AUGGCAUUGAAAAGGCUUCAAAUAGAAUUGAAAAACAUGCUGGAGGACCCAGUAGAACAAUGUUCCGCCGGUCCAAUUGAUGAUGAUAUGUUUCUGUGGCGCGCAAAGAUCAUAGGCCCGCAUGGCAGUCCGUACGAGGGAGGUGUAUUUCUCUUAACAAUUAAUAUUCCAAGCAACUACCCAUUCAAACCACCAUUAGUCCAGUUUAAUACGCGCAUAUAUCAUCCAAACAUUAACAGCAAUGGAUACAUUUGUCUGGAUAUAUUAAAAUCUCGAUGGUUUCCCGCGCUGACAAUUUCACAAGUGCUGUUGUCCAUCUGCUCUCUGAUGUGUGAUCCCAAUCCCAAUGAUGCACUGAUGCCAUUGAUCGGCCAUUUGUAUAUUCGGGAUCGCGAAGCAUAUAAUAGAUAUGCCAAGAAAUUUACAAGGACGUAUGCAAUUGAAUAA